GAUGUUUGCGCUCUUAUUAGGUGGUUUGAAGGAGUUGCACUUGUCCUUCACUUUGACUUGAUCUGAUUUUCCCUUUAAUAGACACUUUUUUUUACUUUUAUACCCCCAUUACUGUCUAUUCUUUAGUCGAUUUUCCCCCCUGAAAUACAUAUUGGCUCUUCGGAGGACUACCUAAACCGCUUUGAUAUGCAGAGAUCUCCGUGAACAGGCUGGACAUCAGCAUGGAGCAGUGGCGAGUCAUUUUACUGGGAGUGAUUUUGUCUUGGAGGCUUCGAACAUCAUCCCAAACGCAUGAAGAAGUGUGUCCAGGGACGCAGAAUGGACUCAGUUCCACAGGCUCUCAGGAGAACCAGUACAAUCUGAUUAGAAACCGGUAUUAUGGCUGUGAGAUUGUAAUGGGAAACCUGGAGAUCACACAGAUUGAGAGUAACUGGGACUUCUCCUUCCUCAAGAGAAUCCGUGAGGUGACUGGCUAUGUCCUUAUUGCUAUGAACCACUUUCAAGAGAUUCCUCUGGGCCAACUGCGCGUCAUCAGAGGAAACAGCCUGUAUGAAAGACGUUUUGCUCUAUCGAUCUUCCUCAACUACCCCAAGGACGGCUCCAACGGCCUACAGCAGCUGGGACUCGCAAACCUGACGGAGAUUCUGGAGGGAGGGGUGCAGAUUAUCAAUAACAAAUACCUGAGUUAUGGUCCCUGGAUCUUCUGGCAGGAUAUUGUCCGGGACAGCAGCGCUCCUAUUGAUAUCAAAUACAAUGGAAAGAAAGGCCCAUGCCAUAAAUCUUGCGGAGAUUAUUGCUGGGGACCAAACGAAAAGCAAUGCCAGAUCUUGACUAAGACGGUGUGCGCUCCACAGUGUAACAGCCGCUGCUUUGGCACAAGCCCGAGGGACUGCUGUCACAUAGAGUGUGCAGCAGGAUGUAAAGGCCCCCAAGAUGUGGACUGUUUUGCAUGUCGUCAUUUCAAUGACUCCGGAGCCUGUGUGCCCCAGUGUCCCCGGGCUCUGAUCUAUAACAAGCAGACGUUUCAAAUGGAAACCAACCCUAAUGCCAAAUACCAAUACGGAUCCAUCUGUGUGUCUCAGUGCCCCACUCAUUUUGUGGUGGAUGGUAGCUCCUGCGUGAGCGCCUGUCCGUCAGACAAGAUGGAGGUGGAGAAAGAAGGCCAGAGGAAGUGUGAGCUCUGCAGCGGACUUUGCCCAAAAGUGUGUGAAGGCACUGGUGCUGAAGACAGGCAGACUGUGGACUCGAGCAACAUCAACAGCUUCAUCAACUGCACCAAGAUUCAGGGCAGCCUUCACUUCCUGGUCACGGGGAUUAUGGGAGAUGAUUUUAGAAACAUCCCACCACUGGAUGCCAAAAAGCUGGAAGUGUUCCGCACAGUCAGGGAAAUAACAGACUUUUUAAACGUCCAGUCCUGGCCCAAAGAGCUGAAUGACCUGUCUGUUUUUUCGAGCCUCACUACCAUUCAAGGGAGGACGCUCUACAACCAUUUUUCUCUGACGGUCAUGCGCGUCCCCACUCUUACCUCACUGGGUCUGCACUCUCUGAAAGAAAUCAGUGACGGCAGCAUGUACAUCAGUCUGAACAGCAAUCUCUGCUACCACCACACUGUAAACUGGACGAAGCUGUUCAGGGGCCGCCGAGUUCGAGGCAACAACCUCAGCAACAACAAGCCAUUGGCAGAGUGUGUUGCAGAAGGCCACGUGUGUGAUCCGCUAUGUUCAGAUGCAGGAUGCUGGGGCCCAGGGCCUGAACAGUGUCUUUCCUGUAGGAACUACAGUCGAGACGGCACAUGUGUGCACAGCUGUAAUUUUUACAACGGGGCACCAAGGGAAUUUGCAGGUCCUGAUGGCGAGUGUACCGCCUGUCACCCAGAAUGCAAGACUCAGAGUGGGAAAGUCACCUGCACUGGACUGGGUUCAGAUGAUUGCGUGGCUUGUGCCAGUUUUCAAGAUGGUCCUUUCUGCAUGUCCUCUUGUCCCACUGGGAUAAAUGAUGGACAGAAGGGACUCAUUUUCAAAUACCCCGACAGGAAGGGUCAUUGUCAACCGUGUCACCACAACUGCACACAGGGAUGCAUUGGCCCAGGAUUAAUGGACUGUUUAGAGACAGCCAGACUGGCAGUUAGUAGUGGUCAGAUCACAGGCAUAGCCUUGGGUGUCCCAGCUGGCUUAAUCUUCUGCCUGGUGUUAUUUUUCCUGGGCAUGCUUUACCACAGAGGACUUGCCAUCCGUCGCAAGAGGGCUAUGAGGAGGUACCUGGAGAGCGGAGAGCAGAGCUUUGAGCCGCUGGAUCCUGGAGAGAAAGGCACCAAGGUUCAUGCCCGCCUUCUGAGGCCCUCAGAGCUGAAAAAAGUCAAAGCCCUUGGCGUGGGUGUUUUUGGCACUGUGCACAAGGGCUUUUGGACUCCAGAAGGAGAGACGGUAAAAAUACCCGUGGCCAUUAAGACAAUCCAGGAUAGCUCAGGCCGACAGACUUUCACUGAGAUUACUGAUCAUAUGCUCUCCAUGGGCAGCUUGGACCACCCUUACAUCGUUAGGCUGCUGGGCAUCUGCCCAGGUGCCAGUCUGCAACUGGUGACCCAGCUCAGUUCACAAGGUUCGCUGCUGGAGCACAUCAGGCAAAAGAAGAACAGCCUGGAUCCCCAGCUCCUGCUCAACUGGUGUGUGCAGAUUGCAAAGGGCAUGUACUAUCUGGAAGAGCACUGCAUGGUCCACAGGAAUCUGGCUGCACGCAACAUCUUACUGAAAAAUGACUAUCAGGUCCAGAUCUCCGACUACGGCGUAGCAGACCUCCUUUACCCUGAUGACAAGAAAUACGUCUACACAGACACAAAGACGCCAAUAAAAUGGAUGGCACUCGAAAGCAUCUUGUUUCGAAGAUAUACUCAUCAGAGUGACGUCUGGAGUUAUGGGGUGACAGUGUGGGAGAUGAUGUCAUUUGGGGCGGAGCCAUAUGCAUCCGUGUCACCUCAGGAAGUGCCGGGUCUGCUGGAGAAGGGCGAACGUCUGUCACAGCCCCACAUCUGCACUAUAGACGUGUACAUGGUCAUGGUGAAAUGCUGGAUGAUUGAUGAAAACAUAAGGCCCACCUUCAAAGAACUGGCCAGUGACUUCACUCGCAUGGCGAGGGACCCACCGAGAUACCUUGUCAUCAAGCUGGAAGGAGAAGAACCUGUCCCAGAUGCAACCCAUCGAAGGGAGUCAGAGCGAGGACUUCUGGAUCCAGGUUUAGAAGACCAAGAUGAGGAGGGACUGGAGGAAGGUUUGGCUACACCUCCUCUUCAGAACUCGCCGUCGUGGAGUGUUUCUCGUUCUCGGAUUAAUUCAUGCAGGAGUGGCUCAUAUCAGCCUGGAAAUAUAGGAUACCUGCCAAUGACCACGAGCCCAGCAGACAGCUUCCGCCAGCUGUGGUUUCACAGGUCUCGUCUGAGCUCAGUCCGGACUCUGCCUGAGAGGUUAGAGGUCAGGGGGAGUGGCAGAGAGGCAGAGGUGCAUGAAGAAGGCUUACGGACGGCGAGUCUUCACAGGGCCAGGAUUGGCUCAGAGAGGAGUAAUCGUCGUGUACCGAUCAGCCAACAGAGAAAACUUUCAACAGCCUCCAGUCCACCCUCGUACAAGGUGUGGACGGCAGAGGAAGAGGAGGAGGUGGACAGCUAUGGCUAUGUCCUACCUGGCUCACCUAGUACACCAGAAAGAGUUCAAAUCUCCAGAAUUUCUCAUUCUGGCCAAAGACACUCAAGGCCUCUUUUCAUGGUGAUAAAUCCCACCCAGGAAUAUGAAAUCAUGAACACAGAGGAGAGCACUCCUCCUCGUUUGGCCAGCAGCGUUUCAAGACAGGAAGACGACCCCACUGUGGGGAUUUGCUGCAAAACCCCACCCUUACCCUCCCCAACAUUCAUGGCUCUGUUACCCAUAGAGGACAUAGCACACGAAGAAACUCUGCCACCAGACUCAGCUGUAAGGAGGAAUCCACUUCAUGAGGCUUGUGAAGGAACUGCAGAAGAGCGAAUAAACUCUGCAGAGAAACAGCCGCUCACUAGUGACUUCACUAGUGAUAUCAGAGCUGUGGAUGACCCAGGAGAGCCAGCCCAAGGGAAUGGCAGGUAUGAAUACAUGGACAUCAGGCACUCUGACUCUACAGAACGAGAUGAAUCAUCACAAGAGAGACGUGGGAGUCAAACAUCUGCAAAGAGUGCAGCAGAAGAACAGGAAAUACACCAAACAGUGGAGGUGUUGAAAAAGGAGCACAAAGAGGAAGAGGAAAAGGAGGAAACCCAGAACACAAACAACAAAGCCACUCCAAGCAGUACGGCCAUGCCCAGGCCAGAUGUGCUGAAAGGUGGAGGAGAAAAGGUGGAGGAGUAUGAGGAGAUGAACAGAUUUGGGGUGGUGCCCAGCAGAUGUAAGGAAACAGAAUACCAGAACCUCCCAGUAAAGGGGAGGGUUAUUUGUGAGGAGAUGGGCAGUGGCAGGUGUACAGAGAUUGGGGAAUACAUCAAGGUGUGCGCUGGUGUGGGGGAACCUGCAAGCAACACAUCAUUCGACAACCCAGACUACUGGCACAGCAGGCUGUUCCUCAAACCAGAUGCUGUGCGCACCUAAUAAUGCGGCCAGGGACAGAGUCACAGAAACUGCUGCAGUUGCUGUCAUAAAUGUGGGCUGUUUCAUAUUCAUGUUCACCUUUUUUUUUCAAUUUUUUAUGGGUUCUUUUCAGGAGGAAGAAGAAUAUUUAAAAUAUUUUUGAUUCUUACUUCUUUAUUCGGUGAAUAAUAAUUCAUGAAAACCAACUGUGAGAUGGUACAAAGCCAACAAACUGGAGGGUGUCCUCAAACAUGUAUUAAGUGACCUUCGUAUCACAGUGAAUGCAGUAACAUGAGAUGAUUCCCUACGGUACUCCUUAUAGUAACAUGAAUUAUUAUAUAAAUUCAAGUGACUAGUUUGCAGCUAUCCUACCAUUUGUCAUCUAUAUGUGAACAGAAGCAUUUUUUACAUUAUGUUGACAUUUUUAUAAUAAAACAAUAA